UUUUUUUUAUAAAACAAACCACUCACCUUUUCCUUUGUGGAUAUCACUUUUAUAUAUAUAAAUCUGUCAUAUCCAAUUCCCUCACACUCUCAUCAUCUUCCCCUUCCCAAAUUCAACAGCCCCUUCACGAUGAAGCAGAGGAAUCCAACCAAUUUGAAGGCUGUCGGGUUAGGAAUCCUUGUUCAUCGAUCCCCAGAACCAAAUCUAGUGGUUAAACAAUCCAGAAAGCUUGUUUUUUCACUCACUUCAUGUUCUAAUAACCCAUCCUUUCUCAAAUCAUGUGUCCUUUGCAACAAGAAUCUGGACCCCCAUGAAGAUAUUUACAUGUACAGGGGAGAUCAAGGUUACUGUAGUGUGAAGUGUCGGAACCAGCAGAUUGAAAUGGAUGAAAAGAAGGAAUUAGAAGCUUCUACAAGGAAAAUGGUGGAAGCUUACAGGCAAUGUCAGAGAAAUGAAGGAAGUGAAACUCGCCGCCUUUUGGAGGAUCUCCGGCGGCCACAUCACCGGCUUCCACAUCUCCGGCGACCUGUUGUUUCGUAGUCUCCUCUGUUUUGAAUCUACUGGAAAUGGCAUAAUUGUAAUUAAAAUGGAUGAAAGUAAUAGAAGCCCUAAAGAGUGUUUUUGUUUAA